AUGUCUGCCGUCGCUCCCCGCCCCGCCUCGAUCGCCAACUCGUUCUACGAGUCCGACGGCCGGUCGAGCAUCGACUACGGCCCGUUCACCGAUCCCAACAGCAAGACCAGUGAGCUGGCUCGCGCCGUCGGUAGGGAGAGGGAAGGCCUCGUCCCCGCCUUUCGUCCGCCCAGCAACUGGACGCAACGCUCCAGCCACCACGACGUCGUCUGGUCCGGCGCUCACCAACACGCGCAGGACCCCAACGAUGACCAAUUCUCCGAUGCCGAGAGCUGGGAUGGAGAGACGCAGCCAAGCUCGGCUGCACCUACCAACGUCGACCACGACUCACUUAGCAGUGUCUACGGUCACGUGCGUCCCACCAGCAUCGGCAGCGCCAUCUUUGCUGGGCGUGGCGUCCAGUCCGAUCGCAGGCGCAGAGAAGCACCGCCGCCCCUCCCCAAUCUUCAGCAAGAUAGCCACCACCUCGGCAUCGACGCAGCAGGUCUGCUGAGCCCCACGUCACAGAGCAUGGUCAGCCCGCGCAGUGACGCCAGCGACUUCGAGAGCAGCAGCCGGAUCAGCGCCUAUGACGGCAGCAGCGAUGCAGCAGAACAUGUUGAUCCGUCUGAAGGGCUUGACGUCCAGGAUAGCUCGCUCUCCACGGCUUCUGCGCAGGCAGCAUUCGAGGAUGGUGUCAAGACGGCCAGACAGCCACUUCCGUCUCGCUUUUCUUCCAAAGCCGCGCCUCUCCUCCCUGCAAAAGCAUCCUCACGAGGUAGUACCGCAACCUCCCCCAGCCGAGACGGCUCUUCCUCGGACGCGGACACCAGCCUGACGCGUGCGAGCCCAAACAGGCUGCCAGACGGCACCUUGGUGCCAAAGAUGCCUCCGAUUCCACAAACGAACGAUGCCAACCGGCUGCGCAAGCCCAGAGCACGUCGCGAAAGAUCUCCCAUCCUGUCCUUCGAUGGCGGAGUAGCUGAAGAGGAAAAGAUGCUCGGCGAGCUGCAAGACAAGCUGGCGGGCGACGCGCGCAGCAGAGUCAGCACGCUCGGUCCCAAGGUCAAGAGGAAUGCGCCAGCACCCUGGGAGCUUGACGGAGACGAUGGCGCCGCUGCCGUUAGUCGACCUUCCCUGCGUGACCAGCUGCGACCGAAUGCCGAGACGUUUGAAAAGCCCUUCUCCCGCUUCAAAUCCAGACCUUCGGUCGACGCCGGACUGCCAGGCACAAGGAGUCCCAAUCCGUCGCACACGCCUUCGGGUCUCGCCCUCAGCUCCCAUCCCUCGAACGCAGACUCGCUCGUGCAGGAAGCGCAGAAGGAGAACGACCCACACGCGACCUUCGCUUCCCAGAGAUCGCGAUCCAAGAGCGUCUCGAAUAGCGCAGCUAGCAUGUUGAAAGGCCUCGGACUUUCGGGAGCGGCGGCGCCAGCUUCCAAGAAGGGUAAGCUCACCAAGGCUUUGCGUUUGGUGGGUGCGGGCGGCGGUGGGCCCGCACAAGGCGAACGUCGACCCUUGCAUCCAGCUUCGGCUCCACUGUCGGAGCUGAACACAUUCACUGGCCUUACCCAUGGACCUGCCUACGACGCCGUCCCUUCGCCUCGCUUUGGACAUGAGCUGCCACACAGCGACUCGGCUCGCAAUCUUUACGCAGGCAACACGAUGCCGACUCCAGGCAAGACCCAGGCCGAGCACGUCCAGACGCUCAUGUCGACCAACAUCCAGUUCGGGAACACAGCUCGCUCUCCGACCAUCCUAUCGCCAACUCCCGCUCAAGGCCCGAUGCCUUCGCCGCGCAUGGGCGGUGUUCGCUCUCUUGCUUACAAGAAAGACACUCUGAGUCCGACAGACUCGUCCAGCUUCGCCAGCGAACAAAGCCAUUAUCUUCAUUCGAUGGAGCUCGCGCGGUCGCGGACUCCUCCGGCGCGCGAACACAGCAUCACUUCACGCUCGGCGACAUCCAGUGAGGGUCCCGCGCCGCGCAGCAGCAGCCUCGAGAGCGAGGCCAUAGUGGAGUCGCUCACCACCGAGGCCGAAUUGACGCCCGUCGGCAAGGCGUCCGCAGAGGCACUCGCUUCGCGACCUCGGCACUCGUCCCCACGUCCAACCCACCAAGCUGGGAUGAUGUCUACUUCUUCAAGCCAAGCUUCGGGCAGUCUGCCGCUUCCCGGCAAUAUCGAGGGCGUUGCGUACAAGCUCAUCUCGCUUGAAGAAGCUCGUGAGCAGGCGCGUCGGAAGCAGUCCGAGUGGCUCGCAUCUUCGGGCGCGAGCACGGCCGGCAAAACCUCGCCUAAUCUUGCUUCGGGCGACUCCGCUCAAGAUGAGCUGAGCAUGCAGCGAGACCCUUCGAGCGACGGCCAGAUCAAGAACAAGAAGAGCGGUUUCCUGCUGCGCAAAUUGAAGAAGGAGAAGGGUUCGAGCGUCGAGUUAGACCCCGCGUCUUAUUUCGCCUCGAGCACAAGCAGCAGGAACGUGUCUGCAUCCAGCCAUCCGCCGGUGCCAUCUUUCUCUGUCACUAGCCUGGGCGAGGAGAGUGACGAGCUGAAGCCCUUGACUUCGAUGAACAAGCCCGCCCUGCAGAUUCGACCGAUGUCGUCCAUGUUCUCCGGCUUUUCACCUGACUUCCUCGACGCCUCGACUCUCGCAGAGGGUCACGGGCGAGAUCCGGACAGCUCCUCUGCGGGAUCUGCGGGCUUGCUCAUGCCACAGAGCCCGGCCACGCAAUCUUUUCGUACACCGUCUCCUGUCCUUUCGGAGUCAGGCCGUUUCCCUUCCAACUCCAGCUUCACGAGGCCGAAAGUCGCCGAGAUCAAGCCGACACCACACGGAACCGUUUUGCCGGGACCUGCCGUGCCUGGCUCUGCCGAAAGCAACUGGAGCGCAUUCGGCAUUGCCAACGAGCGGAACCGCUUGCCCAGCCUUGACGCUGGGACCAGCAGCACAGACGAGCCAUCCCUCUUCCACUCUCCCGUCAUUUCGCCUCUCACGCCCACCUUCCACCACACUGUCGAGGCACCGGCUUCUGAGCAUGGAACCCCGGCGCUCUGGACCGAGGAUGCCGCCACCUUCUCGAACCCAGCAAGCCCGCAGAUCCCAGAUGAGGUGCGACAGCGGGCUCGAGACAUCGAAGCGCAGAUCCAGGAGCUCUGCAACGAGCUCAACGAGCUGCGCGUCAAGCACGUAGGGCAAGGCACUGCUCCCGUCUUCCGAGCGAGCGAGCUCGACGAGCGUCAGGCCGCGGCCGACUGCCCCAGCUGCGGCUGCGCUUGCGCCGAGCAGCGUCGACUACAGAGCGUCAACGAGGCUGCGGUCUUGAAGGGUGUCAGCGUGCUCGACCGAGGUCGCGCACUCAAGCCUUCUUCCAACGCUGGCAAGUUUGGCGGCUACACGAAUCGUUGA